GACACUCACUAAUGUAACACAUUGCGACAUUUAUAACAGGAACACAGCGAUCUCUCCUACAAUACUGCAAGACUUGCAGUCUGGUAAACGCUCCCAUCAAUUCAACAAGUUCAAAUAUAAUACAAUACUGUCAUCGUCCCGAAUAAGCCGCAUUUUUUUAAGUAAGAAAUUUAUGGAUUAAAAAAUUGAUUGAUUUUAGUGCCGUUGCUUUCGACUAUAGUGCGCGAUUGAUUUUUUGUUGGCUAAAAUAAUUUGCGGACCGAAAACUUGCGGAGAAUCUUUCGGGUGUGGAAUGAACACACUUCCCGCUUCGCGAUACUUCAGUUCAAAUCGAAGACGGUUGUGCAUCACAAGCGGAACGAAGUGUGAUUGCUUUUUGUGAACGUCUCGUCUAAUAUAUUUUUUUCGGUUUUACGAUCUUGUUGUUGCAGUGGUGUGAUUUGAACUAACAAUGGUACACCUGCGAACCACAGUUACGACGAUUGAAUAAUAAAUUGCCCAACAGUCUCAUAAUUUCAACUGUAAUCUGGUCUGAAUUUAAUGUAUUACGGGAACUCAAUUGAUACCGUUUCCUGUUAAUAUCAGCAAGUUUUUAUUUACUAUCGGAUCUGCUACGAAAACUUAGACAACAUGAUGCUAUUGGUAGUUUUUAUUGCAUUUUUAUCAGUAUCUUCCUGUGAGGUUAUUCCUCUUCGUAGUUCGUUUAGACAAAGUUACGUAUGUCCCCCCAAAUUUGUGAGACAAGGACAUAGGUGUUACUUCUUCAGCAAGGAGGCAAUGACAUGGUCAGAGGCUUUAUUCGAAUGUCGAGAGAAGCGUAGUAAUCUAGCUAUCAUACAAAACAAGAAUCAAGACAGAUUGAUCAGGAGCUUUUUGAGCAAGAAAACCUUAGAUCCGUUAGAAAGAUGGUUAGGAGGUGUGUACGAUUGGGGUAAUAUGGCGUGGAAAUGGGCAGCUUCCGGGAAACCUCUAUCCUAUAACGGUUUUCCAAAAGAAGCUGCUGAACAAAAUAAGGAGACGCUACAAUGGCACUGUAUUAUUAUGGAUCCUGCAAAGCAAUAUUUAUGGAAUUCGCGAACGUGCACAGAAAAAAAGCACUUCAUCUGUCAAACAAGAUUAAAGAUGGUAGAUAAUAAAGAUAAGAAAAGACUAUAUCGACAAUAUAACGCCAGUAAAGACAACAAACUCAACGAAAUUCCCGUUCCGUUACUUCUAGAUGAAUCAAGCAAUAGUACUUUCUUGAAACAAAACGCUAUGCCAAUUACAUAUCGUUUCGAAAUUAACGAAAAACUUGCCAAUCAAUCGAUGUAUGCCUAUAAAAGUCCGGAGAUGACUGUGAAGGUGAAAAACAAAAAUGCUAAAAGGAAACGGAAAACUCAAAAAAUAAAGCCAGUUCAUUCUUCUAAUGGAGCAACCAAACAAAAACAACGACGAAGAGGAAAUCACAAACGAAGAUUGAGUAGAAAACCGGAAGAAUUAGGAGAGCCAACUUUGAUUAAAAAUAUUAGGUGGAGGACAUACCAUAAAAAAGGGAAACUUUCCAAUCCUCUCUAUCCACAACCAAUAAUUGAAGAAUACAAUUACGUUCAAGAUAGAUUAUAAUUUUCUAUUUAAAGCUUCUUUUGUUUUAUAUUGAAAAAAAUGUUGCGUUCUCUAUUCGUUUGUUUAUGUUUUUACAAUUUUUCGCGCGUCUCAGGUAUAAUAACGUUAUUUAUUGUUGUUUUCAUGAAAAAUGUUUAUUUGAUUUCCAGAAAGUUGAUCGACAAAGUUUUUUUAUCAAUAUAUUAUGUAAUCUUUCACAAUGAAAAUGGAAUUUAUUUUUUUAAAUAGAGGUUCUAUUAUAUUUAUUCAUUACCAAUUCAUACAAUUCACUACACCGUUGCUAGCAUUGUAAAAACUCUAUAGUUGUAUUAAUGGCUUAGAAUUGAUUAAUUUAUUUCUUCCUAUUCUUCCAUCUUAUCUAUGAAAUUGUUUUCUUUUCUAGAAGUCGCAUGCAAUGAACAGAAAACGUCCAAUAUUUUCAAAUGAAAACUAAAAGAUUUGAGAGAAUUAAACAUAUUCAUUCCACAGAUAUGAUUUUGAUAAAUAUUCAAUACCAGUUCAAUUAAUCAAUAAUCAAUAAUUUCUUGUCUUGUUUCGAAAUUAAUAUCGGUAUCAGACCUUCGAUGUUGUGUCUAUUUUUCUAAAUUCAAUUUCUCGUCUCGAUACCGAAACUUCGGUAUCUUCGAAUUUUUAUCGAUAGACAUAUUUUAGACCCUACUACAUAUAAACAAAAAGUGGAAUAUUUAAAACCAAAAAAAAAUAAGUAAGUGGCUCUACUGAAUCACAGAAAAAAUCCAUUAUCUUGGCUGGAGGGUACGCUGAGGUAAGGAAAUGAUUUAAAAGAAGAUGUGUACGAGAUAAACAGCUCAUCUAUUAGUGCUAUUAGUUAUAAUAUUUGUUCCCUGCAAAAAUAAAAAGCUGAGCUGGAGAGCAGCUACGCGAUACAGAUUCAAUCGGCGUAGCAUUGUUUAAUAAUAUUCCCCACACACAAAUGAAAACAAACAAUGCAUCAAUCAUUAAAAUAGUUUAAAAACUAUCAUAAACAGUUCUACCCGUGUUUUAACAAAUUUCUUUGGCUUUCUCUCCCAGAGCUAUUCGAAGGUGCCUCGUUGAACGUAAGUGGCACCCAAUGAAUAAUAACUUCUGUACAUGAAGGUGAACAUCAUAGUAAAUCGGAUUUACUAUUGUGGAUUCCACAAUAAAAGAGUUGUUUCAAUCAGUUGAUAUAGCAUCUUGGAUAUUCUUCAAUCAUACGUAUCACUCUCGGCUAUACAGAGAAAUAGUUGUUUAUGAUGAACUUUCAUUAUGAAAUAAGCGUGGCAACUGUUUAUGACUUUCUUACCCAUUUUUUGAAAUUAUGGUAGAUCAUGGCACACAUAUGUUUUCUCGUCACAUUUCCAUGGAAAAUCUUAUUUACUGAUGUUAUAGCAAUGAAAUAGCAAAGACUCAACUGUAGUUGAAGUUAACUACUUAAUGAUGGUGGUAUUUAAAAAUCCAGUGUUGCCAUCUGUAAUUAUUCUAUUUUCUUGUUAUUUGAAAAUAUAGAAAAGUAGUUCUAGGUAAUAUUUUACUAGCAUAUUUUCAGUUGUGGCGAACUUAGUUACUCAUCAUAUGCAAAUGUUAAAGCGAAAAGGGUGUUUCCUUGUUUCUUAUCUUUAUAUUUUCUCGCCGUUUUUCUCCCACAAUAGUUUUGUAAAAAUAUUCAUAACAAGAAUUCAUGUUCUCGAAUUAUCUAUAUUUGUGUCAUCUAGAAUGUCCAAGAAUUUUUACUAGAUCUGGUUUUCUUUCAUCUCGUGGAAUAAUAUGGAUCAUUUCCAAUUUUCUUCUGCUAAAGUAUAGGAAUUUUUUCUGAUAGUGAACUAACGAACUAACAAGUGCUCACAGCUAAUCGCAUACAGUAUAUACAUUUUGAUCUUUGAGAACGGGACAUCUCUUCAAACAUUAUUCAUAAAAAUUCUCGAUAUCUUACAAUUUUGGUCACAAAACCCAGUAAAAUAAUUCUAAAUAGUAAUUUUGUAUUUGUCAGCUAAAAAAUUUGAUUCAAAAUAUUUGGUACACACAUAUGGAGCCCAGUACUAUAUAUUUUGUAUUCAAAAUAGCGUUUAAAACUACUAUCUAUCACGUCAAGUCCAUAUUUUGUUGAAUUUAAAGAAACAUUUGUUUCUUCUUCCUCGCUAAUAUGUACUAUAUAUUAUUGAGAAAAUUAAGUGCGAAUUGGUAGCAAAAAGAGUAGAAAUAAUUCCAACCCACAGCUCUCUCUACAGUAUUAUUUUUAAUUUGUAUUCCACUUUCAAAAACUGUUGCUUAUGAACCCUUUAGUCAUAGAAAAAUCCAUUAUUUUUCGUACCAAUUUCCUUUCAAGUUCUUAAAGUAUUCUGUUAAACUCAUACAUUUCACAGAGUUGUGAGUGGAACAGGACAAUAUGAUGUGGCAGGAAACAUCGGGGGAGCAGGACUGUUCCGUUAAAAACGAAAAGUAUGGACAUGUUGAGUAUGUUGUAAAUGUAAUUAUAAUGAAGAUAUAUGGAGAACUACCUCCAAAUAGCAUUUAGGUGACUACUGACUACACUUUUACUACGUCCAACGUCGCUUCAUAUAUAUAUUUACCCUCUGACCGGGACAUCAUUAUGUACCCACGAAGCAUCAGUCAUAAUGACCGCUAUGUCUGAAAAGACGAUUUAUUAUUAGUUGUUUUCUUCGUCAAUCAAUGUCUCUUCUUCAGCAACAACUUAUGGUCUUAAUUUAGGACAAAACUAGCGCGACAAAACGAAUCAAAUCAGAAAAGCAAUAGACUUAUGAAACUUGAACAAUAAAUAUUAUUUUCUCAUGAACAAAUCACUUCGAUUCGAAAAAAAGAACCUUUCUUACAGAAGUAGGCGUCUUUCUAGUUACCUACGUGAUUAGUAGUUACAUUCUUACAUUUCGUUUGGUAAGGCACUAAUAAGAUAUCUGAGAACAAAACAUCAAGAAAAAAAGCCAGUAAACCAAUGAAACCGCAUUGGUAUGAAAAACUUAUAUCAAAACAAAAAUUAUGUCAAUAAAAAAAUAAAAAGGAAAUGAACCUUGUUUUUCAACAAAAUCACAUCAAUCACCAAAAUUCACUCCAAUGAAAAAUGUGAAAAGGAAAUGAAUCUCAAAGAUUAUUUUUUUACCUUCAUAUACAGUUUUUUCGAAUUUUUCUUGUACUCAGUACAUGUCAGUUGUUCAAAAUUAUAUCCUGCCUUCCUAUCCUUUUGGUAAUGGCAAAAUCGGCAAUUUACUCUGCGUUGAAGUUAAUCUGCUCGAGGUGCAAUGGAAGAUGUUUCUUGACGUGGGUUUGGAGCAUUACUGUCAUUAUUUAGUUGCCUCUUCACCUACUUCUGAAAUAAUCGCCCUCAGGUCUUGAGGCUAAUUAGAUAUUAGCAGUACCUGCUGAAUAAAA